ACGGGAACAGUUUCAACACGGUGACGGACUUAAGUCAGCUUCCUGUUUUUUCAUCCCGGAUGCUUACUGCGUACUUUAAACGAACAAAACAGUAGCACGAGUGUGUGAAGUUUCUCCUACCAUUAGACUAAGAGGACUUAAAUCGUGUUGUAGUCGCACCUUAACUCGCAGGGAGUCCACGGGUAUGCCUCAGUCGGAUCGUUCGAGCUCCGACGGCGGCGGGGAGCCUCCGAGUCCUCGGGCCAGGAGACCCCGGACUCGAUCCCGCAGCCGUAACCGCAACGACAGCCGCGACAGGAGCCUGUCUCCGUACAGCUUCGGGCCCAAACUCCCUAAACCGCGCAACAGGGAGAGGGAACGCGAGGAGCGGGAGCACCGGUUCCGAGAGGCCAAAAAUCUCAGGCGGAUUCGCAUAGGAUCACCACGCCGGAGCCGGUCCAGAUCCCGGUCUAGGUCUAGGUCCAGGGAUCGUCACAACAACGCAAGCAACAACAGUCACAACCACAACCACUGGUCCGACCAGCGGGACGGUCCGGGGAAAUACGGCAGCUUCAAAGAUGACUACUACUACGAGCAGCAGAGAGACGAUGCUCAGAGACAGAGACAAGAGGCUUUCAUUGCGAGGCGUCUGCAAGAAAGGGAGAGGAUCGGUGAGUUAGGUUGUUCUGAAGUUUGGGGAUAUUCACCAAGAGUGAAGGAGCCAGACUCUGAUGAAUUCACACCCGUGGAAGAGGAUGAGAAAAACAGCAGCUCAGAGUCAAGCUCAGAAGAAGAGAAGAAAAAGAAGAAGAAGAAGAAGAAAUCAAAGAAGAAGAAGAGCAAAAAGCAUUCAGAGGACAGUGAUCUGGAAUCGGAUUCAGAUGAAGAAGAAGUGAAGAAGAAGAAAAAGAAAAAGAAGAGCAAAAAGUCCAAGAAGUCCAAGAAGAAGAAGGCGAAGAAGAGCCGGAAGGAGUCCAGCAACUCUAGCAGUGAGGAGUCAGAAGAGGAAGAGGAGGAGGAGGAUCCUAACGGGGUGAUGUGGGUGGAGAAGACCUGCGUGGAUGGACACGUGGUUGGACCUGAGGCUCCGUUAACCCACAUGUCACAGGAUGACAGGCCUUUGGAUUUUGGUCAUGCCCUGUUGCCAGGUGAAGGUGCUGCGAUGGCAGAGUACGUGAAAGCGGGCAAACGUAUCCCCAGAAGAGGAGAGAUCGGUCUCACCAGUGAAGAGAUUGCAAACUUUGAGAAAUCAGGCUACGUGAUGAGUGGUAGCAGACAUCGUCGUAUGGAGGCCGUGCGUCUGAGAAAGGAAAACCAGAUUUACAGUGCGGACGAGAAGAGAGCUCUGGCUUCUUUCAACCAGGAGGAGAGGAGAAAGAGGGAGAGCAAGAUCCUGUCCAGCUUCAGGGAGAUGGUGUACCGCAAAACCAAAGGCAAGGAGGAGAAGUGAACAUCCUAUAUUUACACUUCUCACUUCAUUAUUGGACACUUUAGCGUUCUAUUUUAUGAUGCUUGAUAGGUUUUAUUUUUAAGAAGAAAAUCCUCACUCAGUUAAAUUUGACUGUACAGUAGUGAGAGGGGAUUUUGACUGUAAAGACAUGUCCAGAAAGUACUCAACUGUAUUAUAUUUUGCAUACUAAUUAGUAACAGUAGUCUUUCCUGUCAGCUGUAUAUUACAUUUAUUUCCUCUACAUUUUUGGGUAUUGUCAUCAGAAUGGAAAAGAAGCUGUCAUUAUCCAGUUGUAUUGUUUUUUUUUUUGUCAUUUCACAUUUUUGGUGUCUUCCAGAGUUCAUGAAUUAAAGCAAUGUUGAAAGAAUAACUAAAAAGACA